ACUAAUUGAAGGAUGUAACGAUUGAAUCAAUCAGUCUGACAGUUUAGACGGUGACCCUGAGCUUGCACCAUGAUGCUCAUCACUCGAGGCUCCACCGCUAGAGCCCUCUCACGAUCCAUCCACCAGACAAAGCAUGUCCGCAGCAUCCAUAUGCUGAAAGACAUACCGAGGCCGUCGUCUGAGGACUUACAGUCACGGCCCAGAUUAUUGCUCUCGUCUUCUCCGUCGUCCCAGGCUGAAUCCUCGUCCAUGGCUCAAAGGCGAUUUUAUCCAUCGCACCAGCUAUCUAAAUGGAGCGUUGAUCCUCGGACUAUCCUGCUCAUUCAGAAACCUCGUGACGAGCGCACAGCUGUUGCCAUGGGAGACUUACUGAGGUUCCUCACCUCGGCCUUUCCGCACCUGCGGAUCAUUGUCGAACCACAUACAGCUCAAGAUCACCCUGAGUUUGAGGAUCUCAUCAUCACCGCAGAAAGCGAUACGGCCCUUCUUCCACUCCAUACCGACCUUGUCAUUACGCUCGGUGGUGACGGUACGAUACUGCAUACGAGUAACCUGUUCGGCGACGGUGCUUGUCCACCUGUGAUCAGCUUUUCAAUGGGUAGUCUGGGGUUUUUACUGCCAUUUCACAUCAACGACAUGGAGACGGUACUUCAAAACGCCUUGAGUGGUCCUGUAUCUGUUCUUCAACGCAUGAGGCUGUCAUGUACUCCUCUUGACGCUUCUGGCGAGAUUCUCAAGUGUUCCAUGAGAGUCGGCGAGUCAGGUUGGCAAGUCAUGAACGAAGUGGCUAUCCAUCGAGGUCGACAUCCUCAUCUCAACGUGGUAGAUGCGUAUUUCGAUGGGGAGCAUUUGACAGAGGCCGUAGCUGAUGGAAUCCUAUUGUCUACUCCGACUGGCUCUACAGCCUAUUCUCUUUCUGCUGGAGGACCUAUCUCCCACCCCGAUACCGAUGCGUUCCUCCUGACGCCUAUCGCACCGCGAAGUCUAAGCUUUAGGACCGUGAUCCUUCCCGGAAGAGGCGUGGUUCAACUCAAGAUAUCGCCUCUUGCUCGAUCCCCCGCUGAGCUCUCCUUUGAUGGACGAGAGGUCUGCUUGUUGAACCCCGACGAAUCGGUCAUCAUCACAAAGUCACCUUUCCCCAUACCGUGCAUCGAGCGAGGGGACGGGGGCGCAGCUUCAGGCUGGGUGAAGGAUAUCAACUCCCUGCUUCAGUUCAAUACUGGAUUCCGAAACAAAAGUGUGAUGGGGCAUGGCAUCUCAUAAGUCUCCAUCGGUCCCUACCCACGCGAUGGCCCUGCCCCACCUUUCACGCUUAUACGCCUCCCCGCAUGGAAGGAUGCCCUGAGCCCAUCAUCCGUCGGCUGUGACCGAUACCUCGGAUCAGAAGUGGCGCGGAUCUGAGACCGAGAUGUGGGGAUCGUCGAGGAGAAUAGACACUCUCAUGGAGGAGAGGGGAUCUAUGCGACAGAAGCGGGCCAGAGUGCACCUUUUGCAGCCGCUGCCUCUGGGAAGUGGCAGUGCAUCAGCAGGGUGAUAAGAUACGCUCUCUUCUUGCCUCCCAUCUACAAGGCAUGGACGAGUGGAUGGAUGGCCGAUUCUUUUUCGGGAUUGGAAAAAUCGCCAAAAUAUUUUUUUUUUCCUUUGGAUGAGCCGGCCGGUGACUCACUCCACUCAUUCAUUCACUCACUGGACCU